AUGCGUGCUGGGCUCCUUUACAGCCUUGUCCUAUUGACGGCAAGUGCACUGGACUCAUGGGGACCAUACGAGGUCAAGGAGAACCACCGAGUUCCGCCACCGUGGACACGAGCUGGUCGGGCAGAUUCAUAUCUAAAUAUUACACUCCAUAUCAGCCUCAUACCAGAAGAUCUUGGGGCUCUGGAGAGGCGUCUCGUUCAAGUCUCCGACCCCACACACAGAGAUUACGGCAGGUUCCUCACGAGGAACGAAGCGCAGGAGCUCGUAAAGCCCCCUUCCGCCGCUACCUCGCUCGCUCAGGGAUGGCUCAGCACAGACGAUGCGGGAAUGGAGAUUGCAUCUCAGCAUGGCGGUGUCACAGCUGUUCGGGCUGUAAGAUGGUCACUACCGGCGAGGCUGCAUGAUGUAGUGGAGAGUGUCCAGCCCACAACCUCGUUCUUUCACAUCCGCCCUCGUCGGAUGAGACGGCAGCAUCCGGACACUUCUGACAACGCAGAUCUGAAUGAGGUAGCCGUUGAGGCUGUAGAGGGCGCAGGAAGCCUCAUUGACGUGCACACCAUCCCACUAAAUCUGACGGUCAACGACGCCUGCAACGCCACCGCUAUAACGCCUCUCUGUCUGCGCACUCUAUACGGAACACUGUCUUACAAGCCCCAAGUUCCGGGCCGUAGCCGGAUGGCUGUGGUGAAUAAUGCAGGCCAGCUCAACAAUCGAUCCGAUAUCGCUUUGUUCCUCGCGACGUACAGGCCCGACGCCGUUGCCGGGGCGCAGUCGUUCCAGGACAUUGGAAUUGCCGGCGGAGCCAACCAGCAAACCCCAGCGACGCCAGAGCAGAUACAGACCGGUGCAGGGCGCGAGGGAAACCAGGAUGCCGAGACAAUGCUGGGGAUUGCGCACCCAGUCCAGUUGACAACGUAUACCAUCGGUGACGUCGAGCCGCCGUUCACACCGGACCUGCCCACCCCUACCAACACCAACGAGCCAUUCCUCACACGGCUCGAUUUGAUCCUGUCGCUCCCGGACUCGGACCUCCCGAGUGUAGUCUCGACGUCCUACGCGGAUCUCGAAGACACCGUGCCGCUUUCCUACGCCGAGCGUGUGUGCCGCGGCUUUGCGCAGCUCGGUGCCCGCGGCGUGUCCGUCAUCAUGGGCGCCGGUGACCAGGGCGUCGGGCGGGACGGCAAAUGCUUCCUCAACGACGGCGGCUCUCUGAGGCCGCGCUUCCAAGUCAAGUUCCCUGAAUCCUGCCCCUGGCCGGUAUCGCGAUACCUCUCGGAGAUUGGCGAUUUACAUGCGGGCAUGUUCAACCCCGGGGGUCGGGCUUAUCCUGACAUUGCAGUCCAGGGGUUCCGGUACGUAACGGUGUGGAAUGGGGAGACACUCUUGGUAGACGGGACAUCGGCCUCAACGCCGGCCUUUGCAGCGAUUGUCGCCUUGGUGAAUGACGCUCUAAUCGCUAGCGGGAAGCCCCAACUGGGCUUUUUGAACCCCUGGCUGUAUUCCGAGGGCUACAAGGCGUUCCGCGAUGUCUCGGUGGGCUCAACCUCGGGAUGCAACACGACAGGAUUUCCUGCCAAAGAGGGGUGGGAUGCGGCCAGUGGAUGGGGCACACCUUGGUUCCCAACCUUGAGGGAAUUGGCUUUGCAGAGGAGGUUCACGGGGGUUAGACCUUGGUAUGCUCGGUGGUACUUGUAG